GGCGCGUGAGUCCUCUCACUCUCAUUCCAGGACAGCCAAGGGCAUCAAAGCAAGGUGAGUCUCUCUGUCCCACCCAGAGAACCAUAGCACCAGCCUGAUCAUCCACCCAGCCAGCCAGGCAGGCAGGCAGACAGAGCAGGGCAGAGUACCUAGUGUAGGAUAGCAGGCCCCAUACUGACUCGGGUCUGCCCCCCACCACUUCACACGGCAGCCAGGCAGGCCCAGGGGCAUAACUCUGGGCCACAGGAACAGGGACCAGGGGCCGACAAGGGAUGGAGAAAGAAAAGGAAAUUGAGAGAGGAGGAAAAAGAGGAAGAAAAAAAGGGGAUAACAGAGAGAAGGGGACAGAAAAAAAUAGGGAAAAGGAGUCAUAAAGACGAAUAUCCUAGAUGUGGCCCCUGGCCUGUUGGACUUUCCUCAUUCCAGUACCGGAUCUGUAAAUAGCUGCUGAUGCUUUCAAUCCUGCUAUUCAGGCCAGUUGCUCAUAAGCGCAUGAUUUUAGCCUCGCUGGGAUACUAUCCUCACAGGCGUUUCAGCCCUGAACAACACAUAGCUAAACCAAUACUUUUAGCCCUGCAUACAGAGCUAAACCAGCCUUUUCACAUUCUGGAGCAUUCGAGCUGUACAGGCCUUUUCAGUACAUAAAAGCAUGCCAUGUAGCGUAGAAUAGCAAUGCUGCGGUGGUACAAUAUGGAUAGUUUAUUACACAGGGAGGGAGUCCUGCUAUACCAACCUGCCACUGGAAUCUAUUCUGGGGUUUGAAGCACAAUGCUGCUCCAUUUUCUCCCUCCACCAGCUACUUUGCAUACCUCUGUUUUAUAUAUGUAUUUUUAAAAUUUUUAUUUACAUGUAUAUUUGUUUGAUGCUCAGUAUUUUUGAUGUGGGCAAACUUUGUUGCCGAACUUUGUUACAUGUCUGGGGCAGUGUGUGUGCUUAUAUGAGAAGAAAGAGUGUGUGUGUGUAUGGUCAGUGUGUGUCUGUGUGAGUAUGAAUGUGUGGAAAAGACACUUUCAGCAAACUAGCAUCACGAGUUGCACAUUGCCCAAAUGUAACAUUCUACUCUUUGUAAAAGUAGUAUUGUUUAUAACAGUCCUGCUAUCUGUGCUCUCUCAUUCCAGACAAUAAGAUGACUCAUCAUUGCACCAAGUUCUCUGGCCACUGGAAGGUAUGUAAGACUGGCUUACUGUGUGUAUGUAUAUAUGUAUAUAUAUAUAUAUAUAUAUAUAUAUAUAUAUAUAUAUAUAUAUAUAUAUAUAUAUAUAAACAUGGGGGAUUGGAAGUGAUGCAGACAAUUACAUUGAUGGAAGUUACAAUCUAUCUGCAAUAUUAAGCUGAUCUACCCGCUAAAAAAAUUACAUAAAUAAAAAAGACUGGCUUACUGAGUGUGCGGAUGACAGCACAGCUCCAUGCAUCAUAUAAAGGACUGCUGUGGACCUGUUUCAAUACUUAAAAAAUUAAUGUGUCCAUGAUCUAAAAGCAAUGUAGUGAAAUUCUUACUUCCACCUAUCCAACCAUGGCAGAUCAGUGAUUACCUCAAGGAAGCAAGAGGGGAAGGAAGGAUGAAUUUGUUAAGUAUUUGAGCUUAGUCUGUGGGUCCAGGAAAACUCUUUAACCAGAGAGUUGUGUGAGAAACAGGCCUCUAGGAUCAAUGUGACAACCUGAGCUCAGGACACACCGUUUAUCACAGGAGCCUGUUCUGUCAACAGCAGGGUUGGGUCUAGACACACUCUUUCUGUUCCAGCUGAACAGAUUACACCCUGCACAAAUUUAGACAAAUCACAGACCAUAUUAGCUCUAAAGAGGGAGUUGUAGAGACACUUCUGACUGCACACUACAGGGGGUGGUGGCACCUUUAAUUGGAGAGGACGGGCUCAUAGUAAUGUCUGAAACGGAGUUGAUGGAACGUAUCGAACACAUCAAACACAUGACAUUUAUUCCAUUCCAGACGUUAUUAUGAACCCUCCUCCCCUCAGCAGCCUCCAGUGCUGCACACAAACCUCAGCUUUAACCUGUCCAGGUAAAUAGAUAGAUACAGUAUGUAACUCAUGUGUGUCUCUCUCUCUCUCUCUGUGUCCCUCUCAGAUCAUUGUCUUCGACGAGGAGUGCUUCCAGGGCCGUCGCCAUGAGUUUACCUCAGAGUGCUGCAAUGUGAUGGAGUUCGGUUUCGAGACUGUGCGCUCCCUCAGGGUGGAAAGUGGAGCGUGAGUACUUACACACAAAUCCCCACUUAAAAUCCACACCUGCAGAAACGCUCACACAGACCUUGCACUCUAUGGUUUCAGACUUUAGAACUAUUGCUCAGAGAAGCUAAGGGAAAAGGGCGAUCUCUUACUUCUUCCCUUUCUCCCUCUCGCUCCUAUAGUUGGGUUGGCUAUGAGCAUGCUUCCUACCAGGGCCAGCAGUUUGUGCUGGAGAGAGGAGAGUACCCCCAGUGCGACGCCUUCGGAGGUAGCAACGCCUAUCACAUUGAGAGGAUGACCUCCUUCAGGCCCAUUGCCUGCGCUGUGAGUAACCAAGCUACCACUCUCUUCCUCUUUCUAUCUAUUCCUAUCUGUCUCUACCACUAUCUAUUCCACACUCUUCCUCUUGACUGACUAACUGACAUCCUCUCCCCCCGUCUUCUCCCCUCCAGAACCACAGGGAGUGCCGAAUGACCAUUUAUGAGCGCGAGAACUUCCUGGGUCGUAAGGGCGAGCUGAGCGACGACUACCCCUCCCUCCAGGCCAUGGGCUGGUGCAACAACGAGGUCGGCUCCCUCAAGAUCCAGUCCGGAGCGUGAGUAGCCAGCCCUUACCACAGUCAACCGACCUCUCUCUCUCCCUCCCUCUACUUCACUCACUCCUUGAGCUCUCACUCCAAUCUGCCUCGCUCUCUCUUUCAUCCUCUCUCCAAUCUAAUGUUUUACCACUCCCUUAGCCUCAUAGUAGCCAUUACCGCCAACUGACUCUGAAAUCUCUCUCUGUCUCUCUACCUAACAGUUUUGUGUGCUACCAGUACCCCGGAUACCGUGGCUACCAGUACAUCAUGGAGUGUGACCGUCACAUGGGCGAGUACAAGCACUUCAAGGAGUUCGGCUCCCACUCCCAGACCCCUCAGAUCCAGUCCAUCCGCCGCAUUCAGCAGUAACCUUGCACCCGUUAUCCCAAGCUUACCCCCACUGCUACCCAAUGCUGAAUAAACUGUAUUUCUAAAACCUCA